AUGCCACCACAUCACUUUGCAGCAUUCACGUCACGGGCGUACGGCGCGAAUGGCGAGACAUUCACCUACCAGGAUGAGCGGGGUGCCUUCAUUGGCGGCUUUCCGCUAUAUGUGCAGCAUCCGCGAAUCGCCCUGGCGCACAACGAGCUCGCCGUCGCCGUCUUUCACCUAGCCGCGCCCGAGCGGGUCAGGAACAUGACCACGCUGGCCGUCGCAGGGCACUUCCAAGCUGCCAGCGAGAUGUCCAGUCAGAGCAACCGAUACGUCAAGAAGGCCAUCGUGACGGCUUCGGAGGCGCAGGCGUUGAUGGCGGGGAACAAGCCUGAGUCGCUAGAGGGUCCGUGCAGCGUGGCGCUGGAAGUCACCAGCCACCUCCUCUCCGCUUCGGGCCGGCUUCCGGAUCCUUUGUGGGAUGCCUGCGUGGAGGCAUUGGGCGAGGACGCUUUCUUCGGUCUUCUCCAUUCUCUUGCCUUUUACGCCUGGCUAUGUGUCGGAGUCAAUGCCCUCGAUGUUCCCGUCCCAGCCUGA